AUGUCCUCUACAAAACUCAAGAUCCUUGUGCCUGUUAAGCGAGUAAUUGACUAUGCAAUCAAGCCACGUAUAAACAAGACGCAUACUGGCGUGGAAACCAAAAAUGUCAAGUUCAGUAUAAACCCAUUCUGUGACAUUGCUCUUGAAGAAUCGCUCCGUCUUCGUGAGGCUCAUAAAGGUAUUGUUGAUUCUAUCCAUGCAGUUUCCAUAGGUCCUACUAAAGCCCAGGAUAUUCUUCGUACAGCAAUGGCCAAAGGUGCCGACACAUCCACAUUGGUUGAUGUGGGAGACGAAAUUGUGGAACCACUUCAAGUUGCAAAGAUGUUGAAAUCCGUGGUGGAGAAGCAAGGACUGAAUCUUGUUGUGUUGGGUAAACAAGCAAUUGAUGAUGACGCAAACCAAACGGGUCAAAUGCUUGCAGGCUUAUUAGGCUGGCCACAAGCUACAAACGCAUCUAAAGUGGAAUUGAAGGACGAGGAAGUGUUUGUUACCAGAGAAAUCGAUGGAGGUGCAGAGACUUUAAAAGCCAAAUUGCCAAUGAUUAUUACUGUGGAUUUGAGAUUAAACGAGCCCCGAUAUGCUACCUUACCAAACGUAAUGAAGGCGAAAAAGAAGCCCUUGGAGAAAUUAAAGCCAAAGGAUUUGGGAUUUGAAAGCAUUGAAAAUAGAUUGGAGGUUGUGAAAGUAGAGGAGCCACCAGCAAGACAAGCGGGUGUCAAGGUAGAGAAUGUUGACGAAUUGGUUGCUAAAUUGAAAGAACUAAAGGCCAUCUAA